GCAUGGGGAUGCAUGUGAGUGGUAUUUAGUAAAGAAAAUAUGAGAAAUGAGUCGGUUGUGAUUGUAAUUCGCAAAGGGAGAGUCAAGAGUCAAGAGUCAAGAAGAGAGUGAGUGAAAGUAGGGCGGGGCGGGCGACGGGAGUUACAGAGCCACAAGAAUGGCGAAAUUGGAGGACGACGCCAUUCCAUUCCAACAACACUGCCUUCAUUCCCACAAAACCACACAACGCCUACACAACUGUAAACCAACAAAACCCAAAAAAGAGAGAGACCAAAAAAAAAAAAAAAAAAAUGGUUUCUGGACGCUUCACUUUCCCUAGAGAUUUUCUCUUCUGGUUUCCAUUUGCAGACGAGGAGGGAACUAGCAAAGCAUAAGUGUAUUCACAAUCUUUAAUUUUGGAUUGGUCCUGUAAAAGGUAAAUGGGCUUUAAUUCGAAUAAACAAGGGAAUCAUCUACGUUUCUCGCCUUCUCCUUGACUCAAAAUUAUGAGCACAUCAGUAAACAUUGUUGUUGGUUCUCAUGUUUGGGUUGGAGAUCCAGAACUAGUUUGGGUUGAUGGAGAAGUAUCAAGUAUUAAUGGAGACGAAGCUGAGAUUCAAACUAGUAAUGGAAAGAUGGUUGUUUCUAAACUAUCAAAGUUACAUCCAAAGGACAUGGAAGUUCCUGAGGGUGGAGUUGAUGACAUGACAAAACUAUCGUACUUGCAUGAGCCUGCUGUGCUGCAUAAUUUGGCAGCAAGAUAUGAGAUCAAUGAAAUUUAUACUUAUACUGGGAACAUUCUAAUUGCCAUCAAUCCGUUUCAAAAUCUCUCAAAUCUCUAUGAUGUUAACAUGAUGGACCGGUAUAAGGGAGCUUCAUUUGGAGAGCUCAGCCCUCAUGUUUUUGCCAUAGCUGAUGCUGCUUACAGGCAAAUGAUAAAUGAGGGAAAAAGCAACUCUAUUCUGGUUAGUGGUGAAAGUGGAGCUGGUAAGACUGAAACAACUAAAAUGCUUAUGCGCUACCUUGCCUUCUUGGGUGGUAAUAAAACUGCAGCUGAAGGAAGGACAGUAGAACAACAAGUUUUAGAGUCAAAUCCAGUUCUUGAAGCAUUUGGCAAUGCUAAAACUAGUAGAAAUAACAACUCCAGCCGUUUUGGGAAAUUUGUUGAAAUUCAGUUCAACAAGCAUGGUAGAAUAUCUGGGGCAGCCAUCAGAACUUAUCUUCUGGAACGAUCUCGUGUUUGCCAAAUUUCUGAUCCUGAGCGUAAUUAUCAUUGUUUUUACUUUCUAUGUGCAUCUCCUCCUCAGGAGAGAGAGAAAUAUAAGUUGGCAAGUCCUAGUUCAUUUCACUACCUUAAUCAAUCUAAUUGCUAUGAACUGGCUGAUAUAAGUGAUGCUCAUAAUUAUCUCACCACUAGGAGAGCCAUGGAUAUCGUUGGAAUAAGUGAAAGUGAACAGGAAGCUAUUUUCAGAGUUGUGGCUGCAAUUCUUCAUCUAGGUAAUAUUGAAUUUGCUAAGGGGGAAGAUAAUGAGUCAUCAAUUGUUAAAGAUGAGGAAUCCCUAUUCCAUCUCCAAAUGACAUCAGAACUUCUCAUGUGUGAUCCUCAUGCACUGGAAGAUGCCCUGUGUAAGCGUGUAAUGAUUACUCCAGAAGAAAUUAUUAAGAGAAGUCUUGAUCCUCUUGGAGCAACAGUUAGCAGGGAUGGUUUAGCCAAGACAAUAUAUUGUCAUUUAUUUGACUGGUUGGUGGAUAAAAUUAAUGUUUCAAUUGGGCAAGACCCUAGUUCAAAUAAUCUGAUUGGGGUCCUUGAUAUUUAUGGUUUUGAGAGCUUCAAAACUAAUAGUUUUGAGCAGCUUUGUAUUAAUUACACAAAUGAGAAGCUGCAACAGCAUUUCAACCAGAAUGUCUUCAAGCUGGAGCAAGAGGAAUACACAAAAGAAGAAAUUGAUUGGAGCUACAUAGAAUUUAUUGAUAAUCAAGCAGUCCUGGAUCUCAUUGAAAAGAAACCAGGUGGGAUCAUUGCUCUGCUUGAUGAAGCCUGUAUGUUUCCAAAGUCUACCCAUGAAACAUUUGCACAAAAGCUUUAUCAGACAUUUAAAGAUCAUAGGCGCUUUAUCAAGCCAAAACUAACACGAUCAGAUUUUACCAUUGUUCAUUAUGCAGGAGAGGUUCAAUAUCAGUCUGAUCAUUUUUUAGACAAAAAUAAAGAUUAUGUUGUUCCUGAACAUCAAGAUUUGUUGAGUACUUCAAAAUGUUCUUUUGUAGCAGGCCUUUUCCCUCCACUUACUGAGGCUGCCAAGUUUUCCAAGUUUUCAUCUAUUGGUUCUCGUUUUAAGCUACAACUACAACAAUUGAUGGAAAUACUAAAAUCUACGGAACCCCACUACAUUAGAUGUAUCAAACCAAAUAGUCUAUUGACACCUGCAGUUUUUGAGAGUAUUAAUGUCAUGCAACAACUACGUUCUGGCGGUGUUCUGGAAGCAGUCAGAAUAAAAUGUGCGGGAUAUCCUACUUACCGGAGUUUUUUUGAAUUUUUAACUCGAUUUGGCAUCCUGGCGCCAGAGGUUUUAAAAGGAAAUUUUGAUGAGAAGGAAGCAUGUAUAAAAAUUCUGGAGAAGAUGGGGCUUAAAGAUUAUCAGAUAGGGAAAACAAAGGUUUUCCUAAGAGCUGGUCAGAUGGCGGAGCUAGAUGCACGAAGGAUAGAAAUGCUUGGUCAGUCAGCUAAGAUUAUUCAAUUUAGGAUUAGGAGUCGUCUUGUUCAUAAGAAGUAUGUUUCUAUGCGGUUGGCUUCUAUCCGUUUACAAUCCUUUUGGAGAGGAGAACUGGCUAGGAGAAUAUACAAACUCAGAAGAAGGGAGGUUGCAGUUAUCAAAAUUCAGAAGAAUCUGCGUAGAUGCCUGGCAAGAAAGGACUAUCUUGAUAUCAGGUCAUCUGCAAUUGUGUUGCAGUCAUGUUUACGAGCUAUGGCUUCUCGUGGUUAUUUGAGAUACAAAAAGCAAUCCAUGGCAGCAAUUACAGUUCAGACCUCAUGGCGUCGUUAUAAAGCUUUUUCAGAUUAUAAGAGGCUGAAAAAGGCAUCAACUAUCUCACAAAAUCUAUGGCGGAGCAGAACUGCAUGUAGGAAGAUUAGGGAAGAACAAAAGAUUUACUUGGAGGAGGCAAAGAGAGAAGAGGAAGGAAAGAUUGAAGAGGAAGCAAAUAGAAAAGAGGAUAUAAAGAUGAAGCAUUCACUGCAGUCUAAUCCUAGUAAAGGUGAUGAAACAGAUGUACUGUUUGAGUGCGAGGCUGCUCAAAUAGAAAUUGAUGAAGCAUGCCCUUUUAUUAAAGAACCUUCAAGUCCCGAUGAUGAUGGAAAAAUUGAGACUCUCAAUGCUGAAAUAAAAAAUUUGAAGGUCAUGCUGCAAGCAGAGAAACAAAGAGCUGAUGAGUUUGAAAGGAAAUAUGAUGAUGCGCGGGCAUCAAGUGAGGGAAGACGUAAGAAAUUAGAAGAAACAGAAAGAAGAGUUGAUGAACUCCAAGCCUCUUUAAACAGGAUGAUACAUUCCAUGUCAAACCAAGUUGCAGAGCUGAAAGCAAUAAUGAAUACCCCUACAAAAUCAAGAUAUACUUCUGGGCACCAUGGGGUUGAAUUCACCUCCAUAAACUCUGAAAGCUCAUCCUGUGACUCAGAUUUUAGUUUCCCAGCUCCAGAUCCAUCUUCAGGCGAGUUUUCACCUCUCAGCCCAAAUUCCUUCAAAUUAAUGGUUCAGGAUAUUUCAGCAGAAGAGAUUUCAGGAUCAGAAAGUGAUAAGGAGGGAGCGUUUGAUGAUUUCUUCUGAUGGGAAAUUAUUGUAAUUGUUUAAUUUUCAUUCUUUAUUUAUUUAUUUUUGCUUAGAUAUUAGUUUCAUUAAAACAUGAGCCUACCUAUAGCUUCAAUGUAAUGUCACUUAUGCUGCGUACAGAGUUUCCUGUGUUAUAUAGAUUAGUUAGAUAUAAUCCUAGUGAAUAUAAUCCUAGUGAAAAGGUAAAAAUAUAGUGGAUGGUUGACCAGUACAGACUACGGAGUUUGUUUGCUCACGCCUCUUUUGAUAUUUCCUUUACUUUUGAUAAUUGACCAUAGGAGAAAAUUGCUGAAACUGCUCAAUCAUUUAAGCUUUCUCAAAGUUGCAAUGGAAGUUCAUUUUACCAUGC